AUGGCACGUAUUAUUGAUCCUAAAAAUGUUAUUUCACUUAUGCUUUCAGAUGAAAUGGAUACCCCCAGUCAAAUUCGAUCAUUUCUUUUUCACUUUCGUAUUGAUCAAUUCAUUCGACUACGUUCAUUGACGCUUAUGAAUGUAGAAGAUGAUGAUUUGAAUGAAUUUCAAAAACAUAUCAUAAAAUAUUCCCUUACAACAUUUUCAAUGUCGCCUCGUUACUAUGGUAUCGACAAUAUAAGAUCUUCGUUAUCAUCUAUUAUAUCACACAAUGAUCUUCGUAAAUUUCAACUCCAAGGAAACAAUGACAUUCUCAGUGAAAUACAAUGGCCCAUUUCAUGUAGAUUGGAACACGUGAUAAUUUGUUAUGAGUGCAAUUGGAAUAAAGUUUACUCUAUUCUUAGUCAUUUAUCUCAUCUGCAAAAAUUGGUUCUCAAAGAUGUUUAUUGGAAUCGAUUCGAUGAUACUAUUGUUACACAUUCUGAUAUUACACAGUCAAGCUAUUUAACUUCGCUCUUGUUAAACCUCACUUCUGAGAUAACAAUGGACAAUGUUGAAUCAUUUCUUUCACAUGUACCUAGGCUAACGCAUCUUCGAUUGAUUGGUCAGAAACCUUUAACUGACCCUCUAUUAUUUGACGGUUCUCGAUGGGAAAAUUUCAUUCAAACAAAAUUAAGCUUACUGAACAAGUUUGAAUUCUGGUUCACUCGUUACGCAAUCAAUAAUCAAGAUUAUACUACUAUAGAACCACUGAUUGUACCAUUUCGAACAUCAUUCUGGCUUGAAUUCAAACAUUGGUUUGUUAAAUGUGACUAUGAGUACAAUCGGAAAUUUCAUCUCUAUUCAAUACCAAUCUUUCAAGAUAAGUUUUAUUAUACUCAUCCAGAAACUACAAUUCAGCAUUCUGCGUUGAAUAAUGUUGAUAACAAUACAACAAUCAUCGUCAAUACGCAUCGAUUAUCCGUAGAAUUAAGCCGAAUGAUCGAUGAAAACAUUCGACAAAAGACAAAUCCAAAAACAAAUUAUCUAUUUCGAAAUGUAACAGAACUUACACUGAUGAUUGAUCGAAAAUGGCCUAUCGGAUCAAUUGAACAUCUUUCAACAAUUGUUAAUCUAUCGAAUCUUCAAGCACUACACUUAAAUUUUCGAUGUGAGUGCAAGUUCGCUGUGAGUUUGGAUAUCGAAAUGAAUACUCUAUUCAAACGAGCAUGGAAUCUUCGUUCAAUUCAAAUAAGUUGUCAUGAUUCUCAGAGAAUUAAGUUAGUAACUCUUAAUGCUAUCUCUUUGAAAUUACCACGUCAUAUCAAACGUCUCGAUACUGAUAUCACGUAUGUCGACGAUGCAAAAAUAAUAUUGGAACGAGCCGAACAUUUAUCAAGUGUUACAUUUCGACAUUGUGACGAAUAUAAUUUCACGGAUAAGAUCAUUGAAUGGCUCUCGUUAUUGGAAAGAGAUGUGGUGUGUGAGAAAUUAUUCAAUGAUUUAUUGUUAUCAUCAGAUUUUUUAUUUCAUGAUGGAUAUUCAGUACCAAAAGUAAAAUGUCUUCAUGAAUAUAUUGAUAAAUUUUCAUUAAUUGAUCCACUACAAAUUUUUGGUCUUCAUCCAAAUGCUGAUAAUAACAUAUUCAAUAAAUCGACUUAA